AUGGAAGCCGUGUUUGAGGAUUUCCAUGGACCUGUGGAGAUUGGAGAGGAUGUCGCUAUUGGAACGGCAAUCUCAGCCAUUUCGGCGACGGACUCAGAUGUUGGCUAUGGUGGUCUGGUCCGCUAUUCGCUGUGGGAUGACUACUUCUCCAUCGACUCUGCCACUGGAGUGAUAAGAGUAGCCGGUGAUCUCAGUGAGUUGCUAUCACCAGGCACUGCAUCGGUGCCUCACGACUUGGAAAUUUUGGCCUCGGAUGAAGGAUCACCACGGAAAAGCUCCAAAACCACUGUCAAAGUUCUCAUCAAGGAUGUCAAUAACAAUGCGCCAGAGUUUGAAGAGCCGCAGAAUCACGAAGUUCUUGAUAGUGAUGAAGUUAGGAUCAACGUAAGAACAACAGCGGCGAAAGAAAAACCGAACGAGUCAGACGAUUGA